AUGUGGACAUCAAAGAAUAACAGCGGUUGGAAUAAAGUGGCAACUACACCAAUGUCUUCCCACAAUAACUCGAAUUACGGCCACAUCUAUGCCACACUCUACGGCCUCACGGUUAUCAAUUACAUACCGCAGCGUCCGACAAACACGUGCACCCACCGACUAGCCGUAAUUUACGGCCACACGAUCAGCGUCUUGCUCAUCGUCGUGCUGCCCAUCUACUUUGCGCGCAACAUCUCUGCACUAACCGAAGCGCACGACCAACGCGGCCAACUGUUGCUGCUCGUCAACUUCGCCAAUACGCUGCUUAAGUAUGUAACCGUUGUCGUGACAUAUGUCGCAAAUUUUGCACACUACGCGGCCAUACGCGCCGUCACCAGGAGGCGCCAGCAGCUCGAAGACGACUUCAACAGCAGCCUGCAGGUGCAACCGGUAUACGAUGAGCGACCGCGCCGCCAAUUCGAGACUAUGCUGCUGUUCAAGUUCGGCCUCAUCAACGCCAUGAUGGCCGUGCAGGUGGCAAACAUACUCUACCAGCAUUGCACCGGCGCCCAUCCGGUGCGCGUGUAUAUCGCCGUGUAUACCUUUGUGCUGUGGAACUACACCGAGAACAUGGCUGACUAUUUCUACUUCAUCAACAGCAGUGCAAUGAAAUUCUACCAGCAACUCAAUCAACAGCUGCGGCAAGUGGUGCGCGAAGCGAAGCUCCUGCAUUACUUUCGGAUGCGCGGUCAGCGACGCGGCACUGUGCCGCAUCUGUGCGGGUUGCUGUGCGAGCGGCUAGAUACGCUGGCCCAGCGCUACCAGCAAAUAAAUCGACUCUGCCAAGACAGCUUGACAAUGCAUCAGUUUCAGAUACUCGGUCUCAUCUUUAUUACGCUCGUCAGUAAUCUCACCAACUCGUUCAUCCUAUUCAAUCUGUUCGUGAAGCACUCACAGGCGCGCGCUUCGCCAGCCAUCGUGCUGAAUGCGCUGCAUGCCAUCAUCUUCUACGUGGACACCUACAUUGUGGCGCUGGUAAGUGAGAACAUCAGCCUGGAAUUGCGCAACAUUAAUCAGACGCUGCGUCAAUUCAAUCAGGUGAGCGAGCUGGAUGUGCGUCUACAGCAGACGAUCGAGUGCUUCACACUUUUUGUGACGAACAAUCAUGUGGAGGUUCGCAUCUGUGGCCUAUUUGUGCUGGACAGGAGCCUGACGUAUCUGACGGCAGCCACAGCAUUAUCAUAUUUCAUUACACUGGUGCAAUUUGAUUUGAACUUGAUGUAGGCGACGCAUAAAAUCGAUAUAAAAUUUAAACUCUUCAAGAACUCAAAUAAAUAAAGUAGCCGUAUACUUAAACGGUUUUUUAGUAAACUUUUCCAUGCGGGAGUGUGGUAUUGGAUCCCAAAAAUAUGUAUUAUUAUUAGUCAACCGACUUCAAAAAAAGGAGAAGGUUAUCAAUUCGUCGAAAUAUAUUUUUUUUUAUGUAUGUUACCGCAUAACUUUGGACCACGAGAACCGACUUCGAUAGUUCUUUUUUUAUCGAAAGGGGGGUACCUCAAGGGUGAUCUCGUACUAAUUUCGCUUACAUCCGAUCGUUGGAGCGCGAAAAAAAUAACGGUUCUCUUAAAUUUUUUUAUGAGAAUUGAAGUCGGUUUUGUUUUUUGCUCCUGCAGUCAAUCGCAACACGAGCCAGACGAUAUAUGAAGAUGAAGAGAGGGAAAGCGGAAGU